AGACUCUACCCCUUUUUCUUCUCCUUCUUCAAGAAUUAGAACCGUCACUGAUUCCGAUUCCUCGAAACAAUCUAGUACUAGUAAUACAAUGAGACUAACAAAUACAAGUUUAGGCAGCGACGAUAACGGAAGUGCUGUUAUGAAGCGAACUAAUAAGACCCAUGUUCCUAGUGCCUGUGUCAACUGUAAACGUGCUCACCUUGCUUGUGACGCUCUUAAUAAAGUUGAUACUUGUAUCGACAUUAAACACAAGAAACGAGGGCGUCCAAAAUUGAAGGAUAAGAAACCUCACCCGUAUAAUACACAUGCUACGGGUGAUGCAAAAACUUGGGUGUCCAAUACCCAAUUUCUUCCUCCUACAACCACAAAUCCUAUUCCUUCUAGAAAUCAACGUCAAUUCGAUCCACCACCUUCUCAAAAUCAUCAACUUUCUUUUUCUUCUUUUGCUCCUUCCCCUCCUUAUUAUCGAUCUCCUCCUUCGAGGCAUAUACAUUUUAAUCAUCCUCCUUUUGUCAGUCAACCUUCAAGGUCUCAGAUCCCUUUAUCGGAAAUUUCUCCUACUAUUACCAUGUUUUUGACUGUUUCUGGUGCCCAAUGUGCUAGAGUCUCUGAUGAAUGCUUGGGCAAUAUGGGCUAUUAUCCUACUGAACUU